UUCGUUUGUGGUUUUGCUCAAGAUUUGGUGCACUCACAGGUGCAAAGGCGCCCAACGGAUGCAUCAGUGUUUCCCCUACCAUUAUAUUAGGAGGGCGGCCCGCCCCCCUUGAAGGUCAACGUUGUUUUUAAAGAUUAGUUUUUGGGCUUUUUGUGCCUUUAUUGUAGAGAUAGGAUAGUGGAUAGAGUCUGUAAUCAGGGGAAGAAGUCAUUUAAGGAUACUUUUCCGAUAGAAAAGGACAGCUGUCAUUAAAAGUAAUGCAGGAACACCAAGAUUCCUUCAAGUGUUUGUUUCGGCGUGUCCCCCCCCCCCCACCCCCCCAACGCUGUAAACCUAAGGGAAACACUGUGCAUGCAUGAUAAACGGUAUAUGGAAAAGCAAUGAAAGCUGUUAUGAUUACAUGAUAUAUGGAUUAAGUGGUUAUAAAGAAACAAACACAGGUAUAGUAAAAACAAAAUUGACAAUUGCAUAAUUCUUUCUGAUCUUUCAACAGGGUAAGAUGGUUGUCAUGGUUACAGGCUUCAAUCUCUUGUUAUAAACGAUGAUAUAAAAUGUCAGUGGAGGAUUUGAAAUGGGGAAAUUUACUUCCAGAAACAGAGCCGCCGAAUAAGUCUGCUGUCACUGUUGAAAUUAUAGAUAUGGGGGAUUUUUGGUGCCAAAAUCGUUAAUGUGGAGUUAAAAAAUCCGAUAUCGAUAUCUCUGCGUUGAUCCCUCAAAUGUCAAACACUUGUGGAUAACGUAGACAAGGUGGUCACUCAACUGGAAAAUAACUGUGCAUACGUGCGUCAUUGCUUGACACUGUGGAGGGCAAUGAUGCUUGUUGUAAUCUAUAUAGCGCCCUCUGCUAAUGACAGGAAGAAACCUGCUAGUGUAAUACAAUAAUACUCCAAUUAAAUGCUAUUUGACAGGUAAAUAAAUCUAGUGAUAUCAGCGAUAAAAUUAGCCGAUACCGAUUGUCACUCGAUAUGUGGCCGAUUAAUCGGUCAGGCUCUACAAAUAACACUUCAACAAAAUAGACUUUAAUGUUCAAUAUCAACAUUAGAGAAAAAAAAAGUUACGUCUGUUUUUUUCAGCAUCCUGUACAGUUAGUUGGCAUUUUUAAAAGCAUCUCAUUUUGGGUUCCAUGAAGAAGGGAAAUCACCGGACUUUCCUGAAAGACUGUUCCUGUGUGGGAAUCUGUUCAGUUACGACGCACUGUCACCGAGCUCCGUGUUUUAUUGAAGACAAAACAAUUGUAUCCAUCACUGUGUAUCAUUAUCAGGCUACCACAUUGUAUAUCACAUAUUCCUCAAUGUGUAUAAUGUUGUUACACUACCAAACCUCAAACCCAAUAAAUUUUGUUCCAGAGCACAUAGUGGAAGUUCAGUCGUUUAGUCUUUCCCUUCUAGCAUUCGACGCCAUGUUUUCAAGAUGGUAUGAUCUAAUUUGAGCUUCUGAGAAGGAAACUGCUUUAGGGAAAACUUUGAUUUCAAAAUGUGAAUUGUCAGUCUAUGGGUGCAAAACCCCACCACUUACACAAAGAUGUUCUAAUUGUUAAGAGCAAUUCACCUUUUUUCACUUUGUGCCCUUUGUUGCCUUUGCCCUCUUCUUUUCCCUGACACACCAAGGAGAUUGUCGGCCGUCGGUCCUUGUUGGACCUUCGGUGAGCGAUUGUCGCCCUAGUUUUUGCGGGUUCAGGAAAGCCCCUUGAACCUACCGCUGUAGUAUCCAUGCUUUCACCUAUUAGUGCGGUUCCUCCUUAUUUGUCGCCUCUGCCUCUUUUUUUUUCCCCCCCACUAAAAGACCAAGUGCUCACAACGCCAGUGCCAUUUUAUCAAACACUACUUCUUUGCGGUCUGCUUGGUGUGUCGGGGCCUUUAAAGUAGUUAAAUAGAUGGAAUUAAUGUCUCUCCAGCAGGAAGCAACAAAGUGAACAAAUCAAGACACAACCUUCCAGAUGGUGGAUUUUACCAAUCUAAAAAGCUGAUGUACAGUCUCAUUCAAUAAUCCCUUCCUUUGUUUUUCAGCUUUUCAGCUUUGCAUUGCUAUCGGAGCAGUGUGUCUUUUCUUCUACUCCUGAGCCCCUUAGAGCCCUCUAUUUGGAGGGCUCCCAGGGAGCUUGCUCCUAACUGGCCAGCAGACUGAACCAUUGCUGCUGGUUCAACUGAAAAGUGAGCUAGCAUUGACACAAAUUUACAAUUCCUCGUUGUUGGCAGCAAAGCUGCAACCUUUAAAAGUCAAUGCCCUUUCUCGAACUGAAGCUGAAAUCAAGAGCUUGACUUCUGGACAUCACCAACACCAUGUCCCAUCCUUUUUAUAACCCCUAUGCCCCCGGGAACCACAAUCCCACCCAGGGGCAGUAUGGACACUCCAAUACACCGCCUGAGAGGGAUCCUCGGGGGCCACCUUCUUUUCUUGGACCCGGUUCUAGGUUCAGUUCUUUUGGAGCUUCUCCUGUAAUUCCUGAAAACUCUGGACAAACAGUCUCUGCGUCGCUGAAUUACAGGCCUGAACCUAGUCGGGCCAUAAGGGAUGAGGAUACAAAGAGCUCUAUAGACAUGCACAUUGGGAGAGCCAGAGAGGGGGUAUGGCCUCCUGGUACACCCUUGCAUCAACCUAUGGACCAGGGAACCCGGUUUACCAGCACGCAAAGGGAUGACUUUCACUCUCCUGGCGCCUCCUACGCAAUGACUACAGCUUCUGCAUCUCUGGGACACAAACAUGAAGUGGACAUUGGAAGUGGCAGUAGCAACUUGAACCGUUUGACAAACUAUAUACGGCCCUCAACAGAUGGCUCCAUAUUAAAGUCAUCAUCUGCUUUGUCAAACUAUGCAAGAAUUGCUGACGGUAGGUUAAAUAACCCUGAUGAAAGAGAACAUGGUAUGCAGACUAUUCCAGGGUUAGGUGAUUAUGACCGUUCAGCCUCAGACAAACCUGCAUCCUCUACAGAACCCUUUCAACCCAUGUACACCUAUGAAUCAGCUGCUAGCAUCCUUCUGCAAUUCGGACUUGAGAAAGAGGAUUUGGAACAUCUCAUCUCUUAUCCUGAAGACCAGAUUACCCCUGCUAACCUGCCAUUCAUCUUGCGCCAAAUACGCCUUCAAAAGGACAAGAGUGCAGCAACAGCAGUUCAGUCAAAAGCCUAUCUCGAACCCCAGCUCACCAGAACAAUGAGUUCUGGUGGGGCAGUGGAUAAAACUUCAUCAGCUGUACUCCAGCCGAGUAAUGUGAUUGACUAUGGACAUACAAGCAAGUAUGCAGCAGGCGUUGGGGAUGAGAUUGGAAGGAAAAUUGACAGAGACAACGGUGGUGGGUGUGGAAAUUUGUUUGUGAUGGACACUGAUGAAAGACACUGUAGAGAGCCACUGCAGAAAAACACACCAGAGUUUAAAAGUAGUGCCUUGGGUUCGUCAAGUGAGCAGACGCGUUCUUCCACCACUCUAAGCUCUAUGUACGGUUCAGUUCUUAGACCUGUGGAUUCUCCAAGCAGUGAUCAGACAAAACCAUGGCAGGUUCAACCAAAACGGACUUUCCAAGAUAUCCUCAAUUCUUUCUCUCAGCUAAAGAAAAACUCAGAAAUGAGUGCUCUCAAGUCUGAGGCCUCCAAACUUGCUUCUUUGAGUCAACAGGAAGUACAUCCCCAGUCAAUAUUGAAAACCCAACCACCUUCUACUCGAACCCAUGGCGCACAUCCCAGCCGACCUGGCCUUGUGCUAAUUGGCAGUAAAACUCCAGGUCAAAGGCCAACAGUUCCCGUGAAGAGUCAUCAGGCAUCGCAACAGCCAAUACAGCAGACGCAGAAGCAGCCGGUUAAGAAGGCCAAGAAUCAGUCACUAAAGCAAGUUCCGAAGCAGCCGGUGCAGAAGCAGCCUUUGAAACAGCAGCAGUCAAAGAAACAGAUGCAGCAGCAUCAGAAGCACCCAGUAUCACAGAAAGGGCAAGUUCCCCCUACUGGUGUCCUUGCACGCUUGGUGAAGCUAUCAACUUCUAAAGGACAGCCGAAAAACGAGGCGGCAGUCUCCAAGGAUCAGCCAACACCAGAGAUGAUGUUUGACUAUGCUGCGGCCUCACCAAGAAUCUUUCCUCAUACCUGUGUUCUAUGUAACAAAGAAUGUACUGACUUGAAGGAUUGGAUCUCCCACCAGAACAGCAGCCUUCACCUUGAGAGCUGCACACGCCUCAGAAAACAAUAUCCUAAGUGGGAUGGUGGGAUUACACUUGGGCCUAGGGCUGCAGGUAAAGAUGCCAAGACCCCAAGCUCAACCUCUGCCAAGAAAACCAGGCAUGGAAGCCGCUCCCGAUCAAAAUCUGUUAGCCCUCAUCGCCGCCGUGGCUCAGAGGGUCGACGGGAUAAACGCAGAAGCCGAUCCCGGUCUCCACAGAGCUCCAAAUACAGCGGCAGGUAUGACGGCCCCGCCACCUCCAGCUAUCGGUCUCGUUCACAGAGCCCUGAGAGACGAUCCUCACCACGCAGGAAGGACGACAGACAAUCAUCUCCAAGAAGAACCCGUGAUAGACGAUCGCCCCUAAAGAGGAGCAACGAGUCGUGGUCGCCACAGAGGAACAGAUGGUCGCCGCCAAGGAAGGGCGAUGCUAUACGGGGCGACGAGAGAUGGACGCCGCCAAGGAGGCCCGAAGGAGGAUGGUCACCGUUAAGGAGGGCCGGCGAGAGACAGUCGCCGUCGAGGAGGAGCAGCGACAGCAGAUCGCCGACGAGGAGGGUCGACAAUAGGUGGUCACCGCCCAAGAGGUUCGACAAGCGAAGGUCGCCACCGAGGAGAGUUGACGACAGGUGGUCACCGUCGAGGAGAGUUGGCGGGGGGCGGUCGCCGCCAGGGAGGAGUGCUGGAAGCAGAUCGCCAACCGGGAGGAGCCAGGAGAGACGAUCGUCCAGAGAGGGGUCGUCCCCUCAACGGAAAGCGUCAAACAGUGCGGAGAGUCUGGCUAAGAAGCUGCUGGAAACAUCAGCCGCCCAGUCGCUGUCCAAUAAGUCCGACCUAGAGACCAUGGUUAAAACUCUGGCUCCUGCUUUAUUGGCCGAGCUAGCCAAAAUGACCUCCUCCUCUUCCUCGUCGUCUCUCAAAGGAGGAAAACGCUCCUUGCCCGCUUCCUCUUUGAGACGGAAGAAAUUGUCUUCUUCUGCCGCUUCCUCGACUUUUUCCUCUUCUGCAGCAAAGAUGAAACGGUCGGCAACGAUUCCAUCCAAAGCAAUGAGGUUGCUCAAGAGUGAGGCAAGUCUGAGUUUGAGAUGA